AUUAAGGUGAUGUUAGUUUGUUUCUUAGUACAGUCUGAGUGAGUCUUAGUACAGUCUGAGUUUGAGUCUUAGUAGAGUCUUAGUACAGUCUGGUAGCAAGGUAGCAACACGUCUGGAAAAUAUUAUUUAUUUAUCAGCAUUUCAAAACUGGGCAGUCCUGUGUUUUCCUGUUUCUAACAGGUAGUCAACAAUUGCUGGUAUUUAUGCCAAUAAUUUAUGCAGCUCUCAAAUUUAUACGAUAUAUGUCUUAAUUAAACUAGCCAAUAUACUAAGAAAAUCACGUGGCAUCUUUUUUUUAGUAUUUAAAAAUAGUGUUCUCUGGUAAUCUGAGACCCUACAUUCCAGUUCAUGAACUCAGUCCAACUUUCAUUAUUAAUAAAUCUUGUUGCACAGGCUGAAAUUGAUGUAAUAUGUUGGUGCUGUGACUGUUUUAGUGUUUGUUUUGGAUUGAUAGGCAGUUGGUCAGAGACAGGGCUGUAUUGUCUAAAUUUCUAGGUGAAGAUACUGAAUGACUGAAAGCAAUGGUUCUCUUUAAAAGUAAUAUCUGCUUAGUAUCCUUCACUUAAGCAUACUUUUUGUUGCUCAGGCUGUUGUUUUCCUUUGACUCCACUUUACUUUUAUUUUGACUUCAGUUUGGAACAUUGUGUAGUCUUUCUCAUCUUCUUGGGUGUGGGUGGUGUGGAGUAGAGUUCAGAGCCAUAAAACUAUUUCUGAGGAGCUUCCCUUUACCUCCCAAGAGGUUUUACCAGACCUGUGCUAGCAAUGAGUGAAAAACUAGAUACAGGACAGUCCACUGAGAAUCUGUUUGUGACUUAGUGAAAUACUGCUCUUUAAUGGAUUUGUAGAUUCAGGGUAGAUUUCAGUAGAUUUUGGGGACGGGAAACUAAUGCUUUCUGAGAAUGUUAUUACUUAAGCUUUUGCUUUCAUGACAACAGCUUCAUUUAUCCUAAACUUAUAUCUGAAAUUCAAAGUUUCAGUAGUCCAGUGGAGAAGUUACUAAAGCCCUAGCAGCAGAACUCAGUUGGUAUCAGAGAAAAAGAACAGAGGUUGAACAAAUAUUCUUUAUUUGCACUUCAUUUUCCAAGUUAGAUCAUCAGUAUACUGGACCCAGAUGUUUCUGUAUGCCACUAAAGGGAAAAGUAAAUAACUUACCUACACUGGAAUGGAAAGAUCUGAAGAAUCUAUUUCAACAUAAAGCAUAGGUCCAUUGGGCCACAGCUUGUGUUGAGAAUGACAUUAGGAGCAGAAAUUACUAGCCAGCUCAAGGCUUCUUCAUACAUAGCGUCAGGAAGAAACCUUUUGAGAUGGGACCUGUCACCAGAGGAAAUUAGAACGAGAACAGAAGAACUUAUAAGGAAGACAAAACAUGUAUAUGACAGUGUCGGGAUGCUUGAAAUUGAAGAAGUAACACACGAAAAUACCAUACGGGCUUUGGCAGAUAUAGAAGUGGAAUAUGCAGUGGAAAGAAGCAUGUUGGAUUUUCCCCAGCAUGUCUCCCCUGACAAAGAGAUACGCUUAGCAAGUACAGAAGCUGACAAAAAACUGUCAAAUUUUGAUGUGGAGAUGAGCAUGAGAGAAGAUGUGUUUCAGAAGAUUGUUUAUUUACAGCAAACCUGUGAUCUUGAAAAUGUAAAGCCUGAAACAAAGAGAUAUCUAGAGAAAUCUGUUCAAGUGGGGAGAAGAAAUGGACUCCAUCUUCCUAAAGAAGUACAGAAAGAAAUAAAGACAAUGAAGAAAAAAUUGAAUGAGCUGUGUAUAGACUUUAACAAAAACCUGAAUGAAGAAAACACAUUUCUUGUAUUUUCUAAGGAAGAACUUGAUGGCCUUCCUGAUGACUUUAUUAACAGUUUAGAGAAAACUGAGAAAGACAAAUACAAAGUUACCUUAAAGUAUCCCCACUAUUUUCCUGUUAUGAAGAAGUGCUGCAUUUCAGAAACCAGGAGAAAAAUGGAAUCUGCCUUUAACUCAAGAUGCAAAGAGGAGAACACAAAAAUUCUGCAGCAGUUGCUCCCACUAAGGGCAAAAGUAGCAGAGCUUCUUGGUUAUAACACACAUGCCAACUUUGUCCUGGAGGUAAACACUGCCAAGAGCACAGAUAACGUAGCAACCUUCUUAGAUGAUUUGAGUAAAAAGCUAAAGCCAUUGGUUGAGGAAGAAAGACAAUUCAUUCUAGAUCUGAAGAAGAAGGAAUGUAAAGAAAGAAACUUUGAUUAUGAUGGAAGAAUCAAUGCAUGGGAUCUUCAUUAUUAUAUGAGCAAAACUGAAGAGCUGAAGUACUCCAUAGAUCAGGAAAGACUGAAGGAAUACUUCCCAAUUGAGGCUGUUACAGAAGGCUUACUCAAUAUUUACCAGAAGCUGCUGGGACUUGAAUUUGAGCAAAUAGAAAGUGCUCAUGUUUGGCAUGACAGUGUUACUCUUUAUACAGUGAAGGAUAAAUCAACAGGAGAAAUGCUAGGGCAGUUCUAUUUGGAUCUUUACCCCAGAGAAGGAAAAUAUGGACAUGCAGCCUGCUUUGGUCUACAGCCUGGCUGUCUUCUCUCUGAUGGCAGCAGAUUGAUGUCUGUAGCUGCUCUGGUAACCAACUUCACAAAGCCGGCAUCGGAUCGACCAUCAUUGCUGCGACACGAUGAAGUAAAGACUUACUUCCAUGAAUUUGGUCAUGUAAUGCAUCAGAUAUGUGCACAGACUGAUUUUGCAAGGUUUAGUGGAACUAAUGUGGAAACAGACUUUGUAGAGGUACCUUCACAGAUGUUUGAGAACUGGGUGUGGGAAAAAGAGCCACUACAACAGAUGUCAAGACAUUACAAAGAUGCAACCCAUGUUGGAGAUGCUUUCCUGGAGAAACUUGCUGCCUCUAGGCUUGCUAAUACAGGCUUUCUAACCCUCCGUCAGAUUGUUUUGAGCAAAGUUGACCAGGUACUACAUACAAAGCUGUCUGUUGACCCAGCAGAUGAAUAUGCUAAAUACUGUAUGGAAAUUCUAGGAAUUCCUGCCACCCCAGGAACAAACAUGCCAGCUACUUUUGGACAUUUGGCAGGUGGUUAUGAUGGUCAAUACUAUGGAUACCUGUGGAGUGAAGUGUUUUCCAUGGAUAUCUUCUAUAGCUGCUUUAAGCAAGAAGGAAUCAUGAAUCCAAAGGCUGGGAUGAAAUACAGAAACCUCAUUUUGAAACCUGGAGGAUCUUUGGAUGGAAUGGAUAUGCUACAAAAUUUCUUGGAGCGUAAACCAAGCCAGAGAGCUUUCCUGUUGAGUAAGGGAUUGUGUGUUCAGUGAAGUUAUGAUUCUUUUGUAAUGGCAAUAAGUAUGCAAUCAGCUGGAAAUGUCAGUGUGUUUCACAUUUUAACUGUGUAUCACUCUAGGGAAACUAGGUCAUUUUUUGAUGAUUUUUUAAAUUGUAUAAAUAAAAAUGUGACUUUUAAAACAAAAAUUCAUAGGAUUACAAAAUUCAACAUCAGGGAAAAAAAUAUGAGAUGUGCAGAAGCUGAGGAAAUUGGAUAGUAAUUUUUUAAAUUUUUUAUUAAAUGAUACUAAUUAAUACUAAUCAAUGUGAGGAGUUAAUGCCAUGUUUUUCUUUUGAGAGAUGCACUUAAAUUAUGUCUUGUGAAUUAAUUUUAAAACUGAAGGGGAUAGAAAGAAUACAACCAGCAAUAAAAGAAACAGAUUCAUUCUUA